ACUUACAUGAAACAAUCUAUGUUUUGAAUGGUCGUAUAGUAAAAUUUGCACUAAAAGUUUUAUAAAUUUUCAUAUUCUUAUUAAAUUCUGGAAUUUCAUAAAUCAGUAAUUUAUUUCGAAAUCAAUGACUGUUCUCUAAAUAUUAUCUUGAGAUUCUUGAUGAAAAUUUUAAUAUAAAUGCAGAGGAAAUUUUAAAAUGGGAGAAGAUUCAUCGUUUGAUCCUGAAUACUUGUUUGCAAGCUUUGGAGCAGCACCAAAAAAUGGAACAGAAAAGUCUAAAAAUUUAGCAAACAUUUCUCCAAUAAACCAUUCAAAUAUAGAUAUAGAGCAAAAUAAUUAUAUAAAAGAACUCGAAGAACAAAAUGCAAAAUUAAAGUCAGUUAUCAAAAGAUUAGUUGGACCUCAAUUGUUUAAACCUCAUGAAAGUUCUAAAGAUGGAAAUUCAACAAUUAAUUUACUUGAAAAGUUAGAGGAUGAAAUUCAAUCGAAUCCAUUUGCUAUAGUAAUAUAUUUAAACAAUGACAUAUCGAAUGUUCACAGAAAAGAAAUUGAUGAUGUUAUGCGCUGCCUAAGUGAUAAGAAAGCAACACAAGAUGUGCUAAUGGCACAUAAACUAAAAGCGCAGCAUUCAGCUGUACCGUUGAAAGCAUUUACUGCAAACUUCAAAGGGAAACGUAUAAAUCUUGGUGCAACAAAAGAAGUGGAAGAGCAGUAUGUUAUAUGUGCAUGUCAAUAUUAUAAAGGUUUUAUAAUAGAUAGAAUGGGUGCACCACUUUUAGAAAGUAACCCUGGUGUUACUGAAAUUUGGGAUAUACCUGUUUAUCAACAAGUGUUUUUAAAAGCACUACCUAUUGUUGAAGAACCUUUAAAUGUUAGAGUAAAACAAUUAAAACAGUGUUUUAACUGUGGAGGGGAACAUCAUCUUACAGCUUGUAGAGAACCAAAGGACAAGGAUAGAAUCAGCAAAAAUCGGCUUGAAUUUGCUAAAUUCAAUCCUGUAGCAUCAAACCAAAAAUUUGGAGGAGAUGAGCCUGAAGAAAGGUUUAGACACUUUAAACCUGGCACUAUUAGUGAAGCGUUACAAGAAGCAUUAGGAAUAUCUUUAAAAACUCAUUUACCACCUUAUAUUUACAAAAUGAGACAGCUAGGUUAUCCUCCUUCAUGGUUAAAACCAAUGGAAGAAAGUCUCAAAAUUUACGGAAUUGAAGGUUUUGCUAUUGAAGAGCCAGGUGCUGAAGAAGGAGAAAUAGCUACUGCAAAAAUUCCUGAAAUUAUCAUGUAUCCUGGAUUUAAUGCACCUGUUCCUGAAGGUGUCCAAGAUCAAAGUCGAGAAAUGAAUUUUCCAGAGUUUCAACCAGAUGUUGGACUUCAAAUUUUGAAAAAGCGUGCUGCCCUUAUGGGAUAUUCCGAUAAAGAGCCUAUUAUUAAGCGACUUAAGUUUGAUAAUGAAGAAGGUCCAUGCGAAAUGGAUAUUGCACUAGAUGAAAAUGAUUCUAAUGAUGCACCACCUUUACCUUUAAUAGAAGUAAUUAACAGUGUACCACCACUGCCAGAAGAAUUGCCGAAUUCUGAUGUAAAUGUAAAUCAGGUAGGAAAGUUGGAAAGUAGUAAACAAAAGACAAAGUGUAUAGACAAUUCGACUUAUAGAAAUUGGUACCAUCAUAUUCCUCUGUCUAGUGUGAAUGCGACUUAUGUUAUGUAUACUUCACCCCCGGUUUGUAGAGGCGAGGUUCUUUUAGAAAAUCUUCCAAAGUAUCCGAUAACGGAUAUUGAUCGUAAUCCGUGGAAAACAGCUAACGUAAGUUGGUGGGAUCCUAUAUAUGGAGACCUGUCUGCUCCAACAGGAACAUUUGAUGCUAUAAGAACAUUAUUGACAAGUGCAAAAAGAGUAAAAAGAAAGCCUAUGAUUUAAUAAAAAAAAAAUUUAUUUAAAUCCAGAAAACUUUCAGCUGACAUGAUAAUUAAAGUCUGAUUUAAAACUUAAAAACAAUUUCGAAAUAAUACUUAUAUACGAAACAACAUUUUAACAUUUUACAAA